CAGCUGCACUCGCUCGCAUGAUACGACUCACGUAUCGUAUCCAUCCCCGCCCUCAACCUCCUCUUGCCCACCGUCCAUACCCUCGCUCUAGAUAUCACAGAUGAUCAAUUUUGCAAGGCUGUCUUCCAAAACCUCCGUACCACCUCCUUGCAUCUCAAAGCUCUUGAAUUUGUUGGCGUGGUUGACAAACUGGCAACCUCAGAAUUGGAGUCCUUCCUGUUCAGCUAUCCUGAGGGUCUCACCGAACUUUCGAUCAGAUGCUUCCGUAAGAACAUCUCAAACGCCUUGCUCGAAGCUAUCGCUGUAUGGUCACGUCUCCAAUACCUCACUCUCCAGAUAGGAUUCAACAGCAUGCCUCUCCAUGCACACCAGCCUUUUCAGGCACUCACUCACCUGCAUACUGAGCCUUUUCUCAUCCUUGCUGCAUUCUAUUUCCGGGACGGAUUCUGACUCCGGAUGCCCAAACCUCGAGAAAAUUUACAAUAUCGCACUCCGUUGCGGUCCCACCGGUAUCUGGUCCGAACUCCUCACUAUCCUCGCACGCACAAAGCUAGAGCACAUCUCGAUCAUCGAGAGAUGUAACACUGAGCUCCACCCGUGCUAUAUAGGACCAAAUUUUUUUGUCGUAAAUAUCAAAACCCUCCUCAUCUUCCCCGCCCACGGCGGAUCCAUUAUACUUACAGAUGCCGAUGUCCGCACGCUUGCUCGUGCAUGCCCACACCUCUAUUCUGUUAGCCUAGGGAAUCACAACACACCUGUGUCCCUGGGUGCGCUGGGUUACAUCGUGAGACGCUGUCAUGAGCUGUGCGAAAUCUCGCUAUGUGCGGACGCGCGGCUCGAUGCGCUCGGGACAAUACCUCUGGACGAUGACGAGCAAAUGCACCUACAACCUAAUAGACGCCUGAGGAGGCUGGCCAUUGGAGGGUCGCCCAUUGCAUGUGUGGGUCCGUUGAACCCGCCGACUGCACCAGACCUGAUGAUGUCCAUCCCAUGGUUCCUGCCCAUGAUAGCACUGCGACUUGCGAAACUCGAAAUAUCCUUCGAGUUGCAUUUCGAGUGGACAUAUCGCAGGUACAUGAAUAUGGCGUCAAUCAAUGAUACGGUGAGGUGGAAGAAGGUGGAGGAUGUCUUGUCGGAGUUGGCACGAGGGGACACUGACUGAUGGUUUUGAUUUUCUUGUCGAUGGGAGCAGUGUCAUGAAUAGAAGAACAUGUCAUAACACCAUGCGGGCUACGAACAACAGCACAGCAAUACCUAGAGAAAUGACAAGUGUAAUAGUAUAGACGUAGUAUAUUGACUGCUGCUUAUCGAGUCCACCACUCUCGCGCUCUGGACCGAACGAGUAGCUUGAUCAAAAGGGCGCGGCAGAAUGGACUCUCGACAAGGCUGGCCGGCAAGAUGUUGAAAUCGGUACUUGUGGCAAGAU